AUGGCCGCAUCUACUUCUGCUUCUGGUCACCCACCACCACUAUUGGGCCGUCAGGACGGAACGGUGGGAGUGGGAACGUCUCCCCAGGAUAGUAAUCCCAAUCCGAAUCCGGUCUUUGACACCAUCCCUCGAGAAUGUAAAGCUGGUGUCUGUGUGAGGGAAGGACCGGAUUUCCAAGUCCGAGUCGAGCAAGUGCCUGUCCCUGAACCAGGCCCCGAUGAACUUCUCAUCCGACUCAACGUCACGGGAAUCUGCUACUCAGACAUCCAUUUCAUGCAAGGCGAUUUGGAUCUGCCGGCCAUGUCGACGUUUGGGGUCCGGUCGCCCGGACACGAAGGCGCCGGAGUGGUGGUCAAAAUAGGAUCCAAGGUCCAGAAUUGGAAGGUGGGAGACCGCGCCGGUCUGAAACCCGUGUGGGAUACCUGUGGGAGCUGCGAUCUGUGCUGGACCGGGAGGGAGGCUUUCUGCGAGAAGUCCAUCCACGCUGGACUUAUGAAACCGGGUAGCUACCAGCAAUACGUCCUCUCCCCAGCUCGAUAUACCGCUCCCAUCCCCGACGGAGUGGACGAUUACACGGCCGCACCUAUCAUGUGCUCGGCGAGCACUGUUCACCGGUCACUGGUCGAGUCUCGACUCCGGCCUGGGCAGUGGGUUGCUUUUCCCGGGGGAGGCGGCGGAGUCGGCAUCCAAGGCGUACAAAUCGCAAAAGCCAUGGGCCUUCGACCCAUCGUCAUCGACACGGGCAAGACGAAACGAGAGCUCAGCCUCACAUGCGGGGCGGAGCAUUUUGUCGAUUUCAAGGAGUCGGAGGAUGUGGUGGCCCAAGUGAUUCAGCUGGCCGACGGUAUCGGCGUGCACGGCGUCAUUGUCACGGCGCCGAAUGCGUACGCCGACGCGAUCGCCAUGGUGGGCAAAAGAAUCAGUGGCAAAGUCAUGUGCAUUGGCCUUCCCCCCAAAGGAACAGUCCACCUCGGUUGCGAACCUUCCAAAUACUGCUUUCAAAACCUCACCAUCUCAGGCACGUUGGUGGGCAGCAUGCACGACAUCGCGUGUGCGUUGGACUUUGCGCGACGAGGCCUGCUGAGCCCAAUCCACACCGUCUAUGGAAUCGAUCAGCUGCCCGAGGUGGUGGAGAUGCUUAAGAACGGCCAGAUUGCCGGUCGAGCAGUGAUUGAUUUCAACCGAUGA